AUAGUAUUGUCGUGCAGUAUUUAUUAGUACAGUACCGCGGGCCGCGAAACGGUUACAGCGCGGCGGCCGUGGUGUCUGACGUUGCGCAGAGCGCGCGUCGGUCGUCGAUUUCCCGCGCAAAACUGGUCGGGGUAACACUGUGCGCCGGCCGCCCGCCCCACCGGUCCGCCUACCGGCAACGAACGACACAGUCGAGCGCGCGCGCGACCGUUAUCCAACCGACCGAAUUUCAAAUUCAAAAUCGUCAACGAACGUCGAGCAGCAGCCGCCGUCUCGCCGUCGUCUUCCGCGCGAAAACCGAACAGUUUAAUUAUUUUUUUUCACCUUCCGAAAAAUUAUUUUUAAACCGUCGUUUUUUGCCGCCACCAUCCACCAACCGGCCCACGCCGGCACACGAAACAUCCAAAUUCGCGGUGAUCGUCGAGCGACCGUCUUUCGUCGUCGUCUAACGGGGCGCGGGCAAGCAACAAGCCACCAGCACUUCGACAGUCAGCCAUGGUGUUGUCGGACGUCAACGGAAACGGUAAGAAGUCGGCGGCCGAACGGUGGCUGAGACAGCGGAACGGGCAGCGGGCGUCGGCUGUCCGGUGCAUAUUCGGGCCGCCCGAGAAACGGGCCCAUCUCAUGGUGAUCAUGCGCAACGAGGCAGAAAUGGAACGGAAGCGGAUCGAGUUCGCGGCCAGGUACGAGCCGGUGGGCAUGUCGCCCAACGAGCGGCGCAACUUUUUCGCGGGACUCAUGAAAUCGCCGCCCACUUCGUCGCACCAUCAUUACAGCAACGAACAUAAUUCAAAAAAUUCGAAAGCCGAUAGCCGCAACCACUACUUCCAACAACAGCAGCAGCAGCAGCAACAACACCACCAUUACUAUCACCAGCAGCAGCAAAAGCAGCAGAAGAACAAUAGUUUCAACCAACCAUCCGACGACGAAAGAAAUUGACUAAGAAAUUGACCGACUAUUGUGCGGGAAGGGGGGGUGUAUCAUAAAUCGUGAUCGAUAUUAUAUAUAGUGUUACAUUGUACCUAAAUCGCAACGAUCUCUCUAACCCCACACUCGUACAACUUUAUAGAAAAGACCACUUGUCCAUUUCCUUCUACGUCUGUCUACGUCACGAAUCGUCUCAUUUGUUGCACGAAAUCCGCGCGUAAUUUAGGUUUUUGGGUGUAUAAUCGGGUUAUUAAUAAUAUUAUAUAAUUUAAAGUGUAUUCAUUUUUUAUUUCAUUUUCGUUCUGUUCAAAGUGUUCGUGGCACAUGGUUGUUUCGCGUUUGCCAACGACUACUUUGUACCUAUUUAUAUUUUACUACCUAUAAUAAUAUUGUUAGACUUCUAGAAAUUCGACGCGUGCUACAACGGGUCCAUAACGUAAUUCGUUGUAACGGUACGCAUCAUAUUAUUUUUAUUACAUUAUAUUAUAUUAUGUUGGGUUGUUGUCCGAGUUUUGCACCUACACUACUAUACAUAAUAUUGUGAUACUCGAAUGUGCAUGUUAAAUAAAUAUUAUGUUAUACUAAUAUGAGAACAAAAAAUAGAGGGAAAGCAUUCGGCAAAUGAAUAUUUUUACAACUUUACAGUCGUUCC